CAGAUAGAUAUUCAGCGAUUUAGUGAGCUAAAGCGCUUCAAGCCAUCGCCAGCCUGUUUUGCUCCAGUAUUUCCCACAACAAAAGCAUUAACGCUGUUCUAAUUAUAAAGAUGAUCGAGACAUCUUCUCUUCACGUAUUUUGAUUUUCGUUUUAUUUUCUACCCUUUCUUCCGUCGAGAACGAUACCAGCGUUGAAACCCAUAAUGAUAAAUCUACUUCUGAAUGGCUUGCCUAACCGCAUAAUGGCCCGGCUGGCUUUUAUAGUCAUAUUCAUCUCGCCCGUUUGGGCCAUUUCUCUAGACCACCAGGCACUGAACGGCAAACGAGGAACUUGGACUACACAUCAAAUGGACCGUUUCUUCCCUAGCUGGAAUGAUAUGCUGCGAAAUAUGUUGGUGGGGACACCGGCAGCAGGUGAUACAGACUGUUCAGCACAGUUCCAAGCGGAUUUGCAUGCAACAACGUGGAGACCAUAUUCAACAGUGCGAUGUCUCCUCGAAUCAUUUCCUGAGUACCGCAAAUCGGAGAUGGCUGCUGCUUCAGUGCUCCUGGGUCUUCUUCCAGUUAUUCUCUCCCAGCUAGGCCCAUCUACUGUGGAACAGGGCCUGCUAGGCCUCCGACGCCCGAUUCUAGCGAUGUUGCUGGCUGCCGGUUCUCCAACCGCCGUAUCCCUUCGUAAUACUGAAUACGAUGAAGCUUUAGAGAAGCGGGUGGGCGCUGACAAAAGAGUACUAUCUUUGCCAGUAUGGUCCACAAGUUUUAUAUUAUUGGCCCAGUACCUUGUGGCGCUAGGUGCCGCGGUUAAUGUUGCAAUACUGGCUUACCAACUCUGCAUCUGGGCAGUUACUGUAUUUUCUCUUGGGUUUGAAGGACUGCCCGCACUGUGGGUGUCUCUUGCUGUGCUUGUUCAUUUUGCUGGCGUCUUUGCUCUUCAUCGGAAGGUGCAAGUAAUUGCAGACGGAACGACCUUGCGAUGGGUAUUCCUUGAUGUGAGACGAGAGUUGGUGCUUUCUAAACUUCAGGCCAAUUGGACGUUGAAAUGGAGUACAGGAACAGAACGCGGUCGUUUAUGGGUGUGGCUAUUGUAUGUGGGCACAGUGUUGCAUAUCCUAUUUGGAUCUCUUGUUUUAUCAGGGUUGAUCUUCAUCUCCAUGGUGGACGCUGUCUUCAUUGCACUCAGAUUCUUUGGAAGUGCAUGUGCUUGCAAGGCUGUCUAUGCGUUCGAGCUAGCCGGAAUCCAAGAAGUAACGAAGUUGGAUAAGGAAAAUGAAGCCGCAUGUUUGGAACUAGGAAGACUCCUACAUUACAGUUCUGAGGACGAUUCUGUGUCUCGAUGUUCAUGGGACGAGAUUCCAAUAGAAUCAUCAUAAAGGAGAGAUAGCAAUGAACACUUUCCAGAGAUUGCACUUUCUUGAACUGACUUGAUACGGCAAGCAUGGGUGCGCCGAGCAUCUUGAUAUAGACUAGGUCAGAAAUCUCGAAUUU